AUGUUACCGACAAACUACACAGCAGUGGCUGAGUUUAUCCUCUUGGGACUGACAGAUCGAGCCGAGCUGCAGCCUGUCCUUUUUGCGAUUUUCCUACUCAUCUACCUUAUCACAGUCGUUGGCAACGUGAGCAUGAUUUUGUUAAUCAGAAGUGACUCAAAGCUUCACACGCCCAUGUACUUCUUCCUCAGUCACCUCUCCUUUGUGGAUCUCUGUUACGCCACCAGUGUCGCUCCACAGAUGCUGGUUCAUUUCUUAUCCAAGAGAAAAGCCAUUUCCUUCCUUGGCUGCCUUCUACAGUUCCACUUUUUCAUCGCCCUGGUGAUCACGGAUUAUUACAUGCUGGCGGUGAUGGCUUAUGACCGCUACGUGGCCAUCUGCAAACCCUUGUUGUAUGGCAGCAAGAUGUCCAGAUGCGUCUGCCUCUCUCUCGUGGCUACCCCAUACAUCUACGGCUUUGCCAAUGGCCUGGCACAGACCAUCCUGAUGCUUCGCCUCUCCUUCUGCGGACCCAAUGAAAUCAACCACUUUUAUUGUGCGGACCCCCCUCUCAUAGUCCUUGCCUGUUCAGACAAUUAUGUCAAAGAAACUGCCAUGUUCGUGGUGGCUGGGACCAACCUUACUUGUUCACUAGCCAUCAUUCUUAUCUCCUACAUUUUCAUCUUCACGACCAUUCUGCGCAUCCGCUCUGAGGAGGGGAGGCGCAAGGCCUUUUCCACCUGUGGGUCCCACUUGACGGCUGUCACUGUCUUUUAUGGAACUCUCUUCUGCAUGCACCUGAGACCCCCUUCUGAGGCAUCUGUAGAACAGGGGAAAAUUGUAGCAGUUUUUUAUAUCUUUGUGAGCCCUAUGUUAAACCCUUUGAUCUAUAGCCUGCGGAACAAAGAUGUUAAACGAGCAAUCAGGAAAGUUGUCCAAAAGAAAUCACUUUUUGAAUAG